AUGGUAAGCUCUAAUGCAAUUGGUGUUGUCCAGGAAUGGAAUGCAACUUGUGAAUACUGGGAGGCCGUGCAGACUGCCCUGGAAAGCUGCUACCUUCCCAUUUUGUAUGGCAUUGAGUUUAUUGUGGGACUCCUUGGGAAUACUGCUGUUGUUUUUGGCUACCUCUUCUGCCUGAAGAACUGGAACAGCAGUAACAUCUACCUCUUCAACCUCUCUAUCUGUGACUUGGCUUUUUUGUGUACACUUCCCAUGCUGAUGAGAAAGUAUGCCCAGAGAAAAUGGCCAUAUGGGUAUGUGCUGUGUAUAAGCAACCGAUACAUACUUCAUGCCAACCUCUACACCAGUAUUCUUUUCCUCACUUUUAUCAGCAUCGAUCGAUAUCUGCUCAUGAACUAUCCUUUCCGGGAACACCUCCUGCAAAAGAAAGCAUCUGCUAUUUUAAUAUCUUUGGCCAUCUGGGGCUUAGUAACCUUAGAGCUCCUGCCCAUACUUCUUUUUAUACAUUCUGAUGACAAGGGCACCAACUGUACUGAUUAUGCAAGUUCUGGGGACCCCAAUCACAGCCUAAUUUAUAGCAUGUGUUUAACCUUUCUGGGCUUUCUCAUUCCCCUUUUUGUGAUGUGCUUCUUUUAUUUCAAGAUUGCUCUCUUUCUAAAGCAGAGGAACAGGCAGCUCACUACAGCUUUGCCCCUUGAGAAGCCUCUGCACUUAGUCAUCAUGGCUGUGGUGAUCUUCUCUGUGCUUUUUACUCCCUACCAUGUCAUGCGAAAUGUCCGGAUUGCUUCACGCCUGGAGACCUGGAAGAAGUCCCCAUGCACUGAAGCCAUCAUCAACUCCUUGUACAUCUUGACAAGGCCAUUGGCCUUUCUGAACAGUGUCAUCAACCCUGUCUUCUAUUUCCUUCUGGGGGAUCACUUCAGGGAGAUGUUGGUGAAUAAACUGCGGCACCACUUCAAGGCCCUUACAUCCUUCAGAAGAUGA